AUGGAUGGCCUUUUGCACCGAUGCGAGUGCUUCCUUGUAACUCAUAAUUUACCGUUUUUAGAAAAAGUAUGGAUAGCUGAUAGGUAUAAAUUAAAUCGAUUAUUGAUUUUGUGUCUUCGUGAGAUGCGACCGAACAGCAAAGUCGAUUUGACCGGAUCCCGUUACUAUGCGCUGAGCGAUCGAGUGAAAGUGCUUUUGCUCGAGCGAUUACACGGUGCUCCUGCUCCCGAGGAAAUAGCCGAGCCGCCAUUGGACUUGGAAAUGUUCCAACGACAAUCGGACCUCUUCUUUUCCGCUAUUCGGGCAAAAACUGGGCGAGUGUACCAUGUAAACCCGUACUACAUGGCUGCAUGGUCUAAUGUGUUCCAGGAACGUGUAUAUUGCUCUUCGUCGAGUGUCGAGGAGAUUUUCUGUCCAUGUUCUCACGAAGAGCUCAAAGCAUUCCUUAUGGCCAUUCAUCCACCUCAACUUCGUCUCAAUGAGCAAAACAUUGGUCCAGUACUUAUGGCGGCUUGUAAAAUGGAAUCGCCAGCACUGCUGAAAAAAUGUGCCAUGAUGCUCUUGGCUCAGCAGACACAGGCUGUCGGUAUUCGUUCGCUUGUCGCUGUUGGAUCGAUGCUUUCUUCACGAGAUGAUUCCACAGUGCCUUCUCAUGGUUCAUCGUCCGGAAAAUCUCAUUCAAAUGACGCAACAAAGCACUUUGCUCAUCUUCCAGAUGAUUGUCUUUCGACUCGAGCUCGAGCUGCCAUGUUGGAUCGACUUGCGGUACUGCUUGACGAGCCCGGAAUGCAGCCCCAUCACUGUGCCAGGUGUAAAGCCACUUCAACCUGUACGUCAGUCACUUGGAUGUGUCCUCAAUGCAAAACCUAUUCGACAGAUCCUAAUCUCCUACGGCACCCACAAAAUCCACAACAGCCACCAGCUCGAUAG